AGUGUCAUCAGUUCCGCUGAGGGAGAAGUGCAGGCUCGGUCCGGCUCAGCUCAAAAUGUCCUGCUACACUUUAUAACUCCUUUUCAGGUUAAUUGGGCUUCACACCGGCCCUGAACGUCUUCCAGCAGAGCAGACCGAGCAGAGUCCACGGCCACUUCUGACCUGAAAUAUCUUAUUUGGAGGGGGAGUGAGGAAUUUAAAAGAGAGCUGGAAACCAUGAGUCACCUUAACCCGGGACUUAUUUCAGCCUACAACAGCCUGACAGACAAACAUCUCGCUGGAUACUUCAGCAACACACGGAUCAGAAGACACUUGCAGAGAGCCGGGACUGGUACGUCAACAUGAUGAUGAUGAUAAAUCACCAGGAGUGGGCGCAUUGUUCCAGACAAAGAGUACAGGCACAAGCUCAUCCAGAGAGCCCACCAGAGACAUGUUCGUGAAUGCCUGGCCCAGGCCAUUUUCCACAAGGUGCUGGAGAUGGAGCGUCUCCAUCAAAUAGAGAUCAAAAGGAAACUGGAGGAGUUUGCAAGGAGGGAAAGAGUGCAUAAGAUCAAGGUGGAGCGCUCUAGAAGAUAUGAGGAAGACAUCAUCCGCAUCCUGUCUCCGCACCCACCCACGGGUGCGAGGGGCAUCCGAAAACAGCACUCUGGUCCAGAGGGGGAACACUCUGAAUCCUCAGAGUCUCCGGGAUCGUCUCGACCCAACACGGCUCCCGGGAAGAUGCAGAGGCCGGUGCGUCUGAAGCCGAUCCACAGUAACAGCACCACAGCUUCACACAGACGCGGCUCUCCAUACAGACUCCACGAGUCCUCCAAUGAGAACGACCAGCCGUUCAACUGCACUAUGGACAAGGAGUCCCGGAGACGUUUGACCACAAUGGAGGCCUCCCGUGGCAUCUCGCCCUACUGCCUGCCUGUCAUCAACAACUUUGUCACCCCGGUGCCUCCAGCCACAAAGAGGAAAGAGAGGGGGGUAAAGGUCACUCCCAGCGGCACGCUCAGAGGCCGCAGGCUGCGCCCCACCACCGCCUCCAGCGGAGCUGACGUCAAUGAGGACCCCCCCAUGCUGAGGAGCUCUGUGCACCAGAGCAGAGUGUGUGUGAACAUGGUGUACUUUGGCAAAACGGUGCAUCUGUCCCACGACCUGACCGACAUGAGGGACGAGGUCAAAGUGUUUCAGCAGCACUGUGGAGGAGAGAACCUGUGUGUGUACAAAGGCAAACUCCGCGAGGGAGAGACUUUCCAGUUCAUUUCAAGGCGACACAGAGGCUUCCCCUUCAGUUUGACCUUCUUCCUGAAUGGGCUGCAGGUGGAGCGGCUGAGCUCCUGCUGCGAGUUCAAAUACAGGAAAGGCUCCAGACUUGGUGGCAGGCACGGACACUUUGGCUUCUCCACCGUAGAGGGGGCCUCACCCUGCUAUAAAUGCAUCAUUGCAAUGGGACUGGACAAAAAGCCUACACCUCCACCAAAGAGAAUCAGAGAGGAUGGAGGAAGAGAGGAGUCAGCCAUCAGCCCAAAAGAUGCUCCUGAGAUGGAAACAGAGAGGACUCCAGAGGAGGCUGCCUCCCGUUCAGACUGUGAAAUAAGUCAGCGACAGGACACAGACACUCAAGCUAAAGAGGAAACAGCAGCUGAGGAGGACAAAGUCAGAGAUGAUUAUGAAGAAGACUUUGAAGCAGACGACGAGGGCCCUGUAGAGGAGACAAAAGAAAAGAAAUCCCCUUCUCCAACCAGUGAAACAGAGACACAGGUUAAAGAGAGAGACACCUCUGAGACUGAAGAUGAUGAGAAGAAUGAAGACAUAAAGUCUCGUUCAGGCUCCAGCUGUUCAGGCAGCGAUCAGGAGGCGAGCGAUGCCGAAGCCACAAAAGAUUCCCAAGACUCCAGAGAGGAUGAGAAACCAGAGCAACCUGUGGAGGAGCAACCUGUGGAGGUUGCUCUGGUUUCUCCACCAGACGAAAAAGAGAAACCAAAUCCAGAAGAAGCAGCUGCUGCCGAGACCGAGUCAGCCAUGGCUAAAGACUCAGAUUUACAGGACAGUGCGGGGGACAGCACAGAGAUCGACAUCUCUGACACCAGCAUCCCCUCGGGGCAGGAGAACAAACAGAGUGACGAUACCUCAGGAGACAAAGAGGCUCUGAAAAUGGUAGAUGAGGGCAAACAGGAGGAGGAACAGGAGCAAGAGAGGGCUAAAUCUGUGCAGGAGAAGCUGGCAGAAGCCAUACUGAAGGAGUCCUACUGCAGCUCUGAGCCUGAGCUGAGCGACACCAGUACUGAGGAGGAGGAGGAGGAGGCCACAGAUAAAGGCCAUGAAGAGAGUAACAAUGGUGUAACUGAAGAGAAAUCGGUGACAUUUACAGAGCAGCAGCAGACCCUCACAGAGGAGAUGAAAUGUGAGGAAAGUGUUGGUGAAGCUGAAGUGGUUCAGGGACAGGAAGAGAUGCCUGAGCCAAAGGAGCAGGAGCACGAACCUGAAAAUGAGGCUCAUGAAAACACGGAUGGUACUAAAGAUGAGACUGUCAAAACAGAUGAAGAUGACGACAAGCCUGCAUUAGAAGAAGAAGCAGCAGCAGAAAAGGACGAGUCAGAAGACACAAGUGCGGCUCUACAUCCUGUGCCUGAUGAGAAUAUGACAGAAGAAAGCAAAACAUCAGAACCUCAGGAAGAUGCAGCAGCUGAACCCACUGAUGCCGACGUUACACAAAAAGAUGAAGAAAAUGAGGAGAAAACUGAGGAAGUACAGGAGACGGACACGCAGCCCGCCGAGACAGGGCAAGGGGCAAAAAGCGACGAGGAGGAUGAAUCAUCGGUAUCAGAGCCAAAUAAAAUGGCUGAUGAGACAGCAGUGUCAGAUAAUGCGGAGGCGGAGGCGGAGGCGAUGACAGCCAGUGAGACAAUGGAGAUGAAAGCAGAGCCCUCAGAGGAGCGAGAGGCCUUCAGCUGUGAAGAGGCACCUGUAGCCGACACAGAGGAGAGGCAGUGGGGAGACAGCAAGGACGCAAAUGCAGCAUCAGAAACAGAAGUCACAACAAAGAGUACAAGCAGCUCAUUGGAGGGGAGUGGAGACACCACAGUGGAAAAAAAUGCAGAUAUAAGUGAGGACAAUGUGACGGAUGAGGGUGGGAAAGAUGAGAUUAAAGAGGAAGAAGCAGGGGAAGUGUCAGCAGCAGAGGCCAGUAAUGAUGAUGGUCAAGAAGAAAGACUGGGAGAAGAGCAAAGAGAAAAAUCUGUGGAAAUAGAUGAUGAGUUAGAGAGGGAAAAAUCUGAAGAAGAAAGUAAAGAGGAAGGGAAACAAACAGAUGAAACCUUAGAGGGUGAAAACAGUGAGGAAAAAGAAAAGAAUAAAACAGAUAAAACAGAGAAAGAGGGUAAUGAUGAGAGUAUGGCAGAAGAAAGCAUAGAAAUUGAGGAAAACAUUGUAGAGGAUACUAAAACUCAGUCAAACACUGCAGGACAGGCAAAUGAAGAGCCAGCUGAGAAAACCCCUGAGGGGGAUGAUGAAGUUGCAAAUGAAGAGAGAGUUGAUGAAUCAGAAAAGACAGAAAGAGACGAAGACGGUGAAAGUGUCAAGAAUAAAAAUGAUGAGGAGGAAUCUGAAGCAGAGGGAACCACAACUGAUAAAGCUAAUGAAGGUGAAGAAAUAAACAAGAGAAAGACAGAUGACGAUGGGGGAAAGGGUGAUGAAGCAGACAAAGAAAUGAAUGAUGACAAUGAAAACAAAGCUGAACAGAGUGACUCUGAAAAGGGUAACGACAACAAAGAAUCUGAAGAGGAAAAAAUCAUAUCUGGAGAGGGAGAAGAAACAUCUGAGAUAACUGUAGAACCUGAGAAAAAUACAGAUGAUGUGAACGAUGACAAUGAAAACGAAGCUGAACAGAGUGACUCUGAAAAGAGUAAAGACAACAAAGAAUCUGAAGAGGAAAAAAUCAUAUCUGGAGAGGGAGAAGAAACAUCUGAGAUAACUGAAGAACCUGAGAAAAAUGCAGAUGAUUUGAAAAUAUCUAAUGAAAAUACUGUUGAGUCAGAGGAUGUUGGGACUAAAACGACAGAAGAGAUACUAAACAACAUGAUGGACUCUGAAGAUGUUAAGGAAGAAACUAAAGCGAGUACCAACAGUGAAAAAGGGGAAAUUGAUGCUGAAAAUGGGGAGGUUUCCACAGGAGCAGAGAGCAAAACUCAUGAAGAUGAGGCAGAGGCCUCAGCUGAGGAGAAAAAUGAUGUGAAAACAGUCGAGCAUGCAGAAGAUGAAAGAAAAACAGAAGAGGAACCAACUGAAGAUGAAAGCACGGAGGUAAAGGAAGUCACUGUGGAGACUGGAGAUGAUGCUGAAAAAGAUGAAGACAACAAGGUGGAUCAGGAUCCCGAGACAGAUAUGGUAGAAUGUGAAGCUAAGGAAGGGGACGACAGUGACAGUGUGGAAAAACAAGAUGAAUCCGCUCAGAAAGAUUCAGAGCAAGAGACAGUUGGGACAGAGAUAAAUGAGCAAUCUAAACCAGAUGACCUAAGUACAGGCAGAGAAGACAGCGAGGAAAUUAAACAAGAUGAAAAUGGCAACAAAUCUGACUUCAAUAAUGAAAACAGAGAUCCAGACUCAACCAACAAUAACAAUAAUGACGUCAAUGAAGUGGUGGUUGCUUCUUCAGCUGAUCAGGAACAGUCUUCAGCACCCACAGAUUUCGUUUUAGGUGGUACAGUUCACAAAGUAGAUGAGUCCGUUGUAGAGUCUGAGAAACACCCACACUCUGAUGAAAAUGCUGCUGCCGCUGACCACUCUGCUGCUGACGGAGCAGACACGGAGGAGGUGAGCAAGGCCUCGGAGGAAGGAGCGAGCGUGCUACUUAAACCUCAAGUACAAAACGACGAGGCUCACAACGUGGAACAGACCGUCGCAAAAGGUCAAGAAACUCCAGAGGCCCUGGCAGAAGAAGACAGCACAGAUCUGGUCAAAAACUGGGUCACCAUGCAUCAAACGUCAAAGUUUUUCGAGACGUUUGUUGAACCUCUAGAGGACUUGAGGGAACAGACGUCACACACACACUUGUCCAUCUCUGGUAAAGAAGUGACACAAUCUACAGAGAUGCCAAGAUCAGAGAGUCCACUGAAGACGAUGGAGAUGUCUGAGACUGACGAAGAAAAGCAAAUGCAAAAAGAUGAAAAUGAUUCUAAGGAACAAAAUAAAGUGGAAGCUGUAGAGUCAGACCUCAAGAGCGAACAGUCUGAAGGUGGUGAACCUGGUGAGAACGACCCUGCCAAAGAUACACUCCAGGAGAAAGUGGAGACUGAGGUCAAAGACUUGACACCAAAAACAGAGACUGAAGAAAAUGAUAAAGACUCUACAAGCGGGCAAAGAAAAGGAAGCACGGGGUCUCUACAGGAAGGCGAGGUUCAAGUUGGACCAACUCAGAUGCAAAAUGAUAUUUCCAAAACUGAAGUGGAAAGCAUUGCAGGUACUCAUCAUUCAGUAGUGAGUGGAAAACCUGAGAGCGUCACAGAAAACCAAACUGAGGAGAAAACUACUGAUGACGGUCCAGAGCUGAAUGAAAAACAAACAGAAACUGGGGAGACGAAAGAUCUACCUUCAUCCAAAACAGAAGAGCGUAAUGAGCAUUCAGCAAGUACAGAUGGACUGAAAGAUACCGAGGGAACCUGGCGAGAAACAGACAAACGAAGCCAAGAAGUUACAGAGAUAACUGAUUUCACAACGUCCAGGUCUGAGGAUGGAAGCCAAGAGGAGUCCCACAGCGGAGAGAUCCAACCCAAACCGUCCGAUGGGAGCAUCAAUGGAGAGAGAAGGGAUGUGCGGCUGAUCCAAGACAUCAAACACACUCUGAGUAAAGACAGACUGAGCACUUUCUCAGUGGAUGACACAUUGUUUGGGCACAGCUCAUAUCCUUUGCUGACUGCUGCAAAGACAGAGAGUGGACACUAGUGCUCAGACACUGGCAGUAAGGUACAGUGACACCUUAAAAGGAGAUAUAUCUGAAAGCAAUCCAAUCAGUAAAGUUCAUAAGUAACUUUAAAACUUCCAGAGAUACAAGAGAAUGCACUUUUGCAAGCUUUUAGACAAUCAGAUGGCGCUGAAUAUUUGUAGUGAUCAAGAAAUGAGGUUUUAUCUGUCAGUGAACUCAAGAUGUUUUUAGUUUUGACAGAAA